AGUGUACAUACAUGCAGCUUUACAAUCACAGCGUACUUUAUCAAAUACAUUGUAUUUUCACUCAUGCAGAGACAUAUAAACCUUAAAGAUGGCAGAAGAUACUUCCAAAUCAGAAAACUUUCUAUUUGAAAAUAUUUGCGGCAAUUCACCAUUUUGGACAAAUGAAGUGCUGACGUCAGCGUCCCCAAAGUUUACUUCCUGCUUUCAAACAACAGUACUAGAGUGGGUUCCCUUUGCCUGGCUGGCCGUUACACUUCCGAUAUACACUGUUUGUCUUCGGUUCCGCUCGAAGACGUUAUGUUUACCUCUGACGGCAUUUAGUAUUACCAAGACGGUAGGAUGUAUCGUUUCAAUGGCACUGACGCUACUACAGAUAUGGGCAGUAGAGAAGGAAGGAUGGCAAGAGAUGGCCACGUCCACAAAUUUUACCUCGGACUUUAUGAUGACGUCACCAGCGAUUGAUAAUCCCCCAACAUCAUUCUACCUAGGGAUAGCACUCCGGACAGUAUCACUAGCUACAGUAGCCCUAUAUAUACAGUACGCCAGGCGUUCCGGGGUCGUAAGUUCUGGGGUAUUGUUUUUCUAUUGGACACUUUUAUUUGUUUGCGGAAUAAUACCACUUCAAUCCGCCAUAUCCUAUCAGUCGGAUUUCACGAGUAGCAUCCUACAUUACGUCUACAUGGCGGCCCUUUUUAUACAACUCAUCCUCCAUUGUUUCGCUGACUGCCGUUUGGGACAGCUUUACCAAGAAGUUGGAGAAGAUGGCCCACCGUGUCCGGAUGAAUAUGCUUCGUCGGUAUCCCUUCUGACAUUCUUUUGGUUGACUCCUAUCGUCAUCAAAGCAUUUAGAUCAAAGAUGGGUACUGGAGACUUAUGGGAGCAAACGCCAAGACUCAAAUGUGAAAAUACAGUGCAUGAAUUAGGGAAGACAUGGAAGGCAGAGAAGCUCCGAGCGGAUAUUGCCAACAGACGUAUUACUGGAACAGCCAGACAGAAGAACCGACAAAAGGUCGUAGAAAACGGGUUCGCGAAAUCUGGCGAAGACACUCCUCUUCUAUCAUCAAAUCAUGUAACCAAAGGCGAUAUAAAUGAUCCAAUCACCAAGUCAAAGAGAGCGUCAUUGUUUUGGUCUCUAUUUAAGACAUACGGCCACCUCUGGAUGCUAACGUGUUUGGUCAAGCUUAUCAGUGACCUCGCGUUUUUGUUUCAGCCGAUUGUACUUGGAAUGAUCGUAUCCUAUAUUGAAACCAAUGCGGACGAGGGAAAUCCCGCGUGGGUUGGGUAUGUUCUGGCUGCGCUUAUCGCCCUGGUAGGAGAAGUAGAAACGUUCGCCUACAACACUUCACUCCAUUUCAGCAUGACGCUUGGCAUCAGGAUCAAAUCGGCGCUUAUCGGGACUAUAUAUCGGAAGUCGCUGUUGAUGAGUAAUUCGGUGAAGAAGGACUUUACUGUCGGGGAGAUAGUAAACCUGAUGUCUGUCGACUGUCAGAGAAUUCAGGACGCAUUCGCCUUCCUCCAGUGGAUCUUCGCCAUAUUUGCUAUCUCAGGAAUUGGUCUGUACCUCGUCUGGGAUUCAAUGGGAGAUGGACUAUAUGGCUGUAUCGUCAUUGUGGUCAUCCUGUCUGUCCUAAAUAUCUAUUUUGGCCAGCUCCAAGAGAAAUACCAACAGGGUAUUCUCAAAUUCAAAAGCAACAGAAUGAAACUUUUCAACGAAAUCUUAAACGGUAUAAAGGUUCUGAAGAUGUACGCAUGGGAGUCGACAUUUAUUGAAAGGAUAAAGAAGAUAAGGAAUGUUGAGAUGAAGUUUCUAAGAAAGAACGCAAUAGUAACUGCGUUAGCUGUCGUGGUAGCCAAUCACAGUCCUUUCUUUAUGAACUUUGCCAUCUUGUUGAUUUACAUAGUAGGGGACCCAUCCAGAUACCUGGACGCUACCACAGCAUUUACAAUAGUCUCCUUGGUCAAUGUUAUACGAUUUGCUAUAGCAUUAUCUCCCUUUACCAUCACUUCCUGUAUACAGACCUACGUUUCCGUGCAGCGUAUUCAGAGAUUUUUGUGGGAAGCAGAUCUAGAACCUGACAACGUGAAGCAUGUCACAGAAAGCGAUCAUGCCGUGACUAUUCGGAAUGGUCAAUUUACCUGGGACGUUGAGGACGAAAUGAACACACUGAAAAAUAUCAACCUCGAAAUACCAGAAGGAAGUUUGGUGGCGGUGGUGGGAAUUGUUGGUUCAGGCAAAUCCUCACUGAUCUCAGCUGUAUUAGGAGAGUUAGAAAAGCUGGAAGGGGAGGUCACUAUAAAGGGGUCGCUUGCUUACGUUCCCCAGGAGGCAUGGAUACAGAACUUAACUCUAAGAGAAAACAUUCUGUUUGGGAAGACAUACCAACAGAAGAAAUACCGAAAAGUAUUGGAAGCUUGCCAACUUAUACCGGACUUAAGCAUCCUUACCGCAGGAGACCAGACGGAGAUCGGACAAAAGGGUAUCAAUUUAAGUGGUGGUCAGAAGCAGAGGGUCAGUUUGGCCAGAGCUGUAUAUAACAAUGCGGAUGUUUACUUACUGGACGAUCCGCUCAGUGCCGUUGACAGUCACGUUGGAAAAGCAUUGUUCCAGAAAGUCAUUGGCAACGAAGGAUUACUAAAAAACAAGACCCGUAUCCUGGUGACACACGGCGUCCAUUGGCUGCCUAACGUGGAUAGGAUUAUCGUUAUGGACGCUGGACAGAUAUCAGAGAUAGGAACUUAUGAGGAGCUCCUUCAACAUGACGGACCGUUCGCUCACUUCCUACAGACUUUUCUCUUAAACGAUGAUGAUAACGAUGACGAUAAAAUCGAUGAUAAAAAUGACGAUAUGGAUGGAGAAGUGAAGACAACCCGUCGACAAAGGACACUAUCCGUACAGGAAAUUAAGGACAAGAUGUGGGAACAAGUAGAGGAAGUUACGUCUGAUGGUAUGACGUCAGACGAUAACGUCACCAUAGAGGGACUGUCUCGGCGACAAAGUAUCCGGAAAGUCCCAUCAAAAAUGCUAACACAGGCGAUUUCCCGCCAUAUGUCAAGGUCAUUGUCAAGGUCCCUGACAAGAUCAAUGAAAACAGCUGAGCAAGUUGACCUCGGACAUCUGACAACGAGUGAAGCCACCGGAGAAGGGGCGGUAAAGUGGUCGGUAUACAUAGCCUACGUGAAAGCGGCAGGUGUAUUCGCCACACUGUUUUCGCUGCUGAUGAUGACAUUAUUCCAAGGCCUGAAUGUGUACUCGACAUUCUGGAUCACUGAUUGGACAACUGACGAGUACCUUGUCAACAGGAGUAACCAAGGAGAUGACGAAUAUAGCGACAGGAAUAUAUACUACCUAGUCGUGUACGGGGUUCUCGGGCUAGUGCAAGGAGUGUGCCUUCAAUUGUUUGCACUCAUUGCGUUACUUCGAAUUGUUCACGGAAACGGAAAACUCCAUACACAGAUAUUAAACUGUACCUUAAGGUCUCCGAUGUCGUUUUUCGACACGACACCUAUCGGCCGCAUCAUGAAUCGUUUCUCCAGUGAUAUAGACGUCCUGGACGAUCGCCUGCCGAGGACCUACAGACUGAUAAAUAUAGUCGUGUUUAUACUUAUAUCAACCAUCAUUGUUAUCUGUAUCGAGAUCCCAACCUUCCUCGUCGCUCUGGUCCCGGCUGGCGUCCUGUAUGUAAUCGCACUUAUCUGCUACCUUCCAACCACCCGUCAGUUGAAGAGAAUAGAGUCGGUGACUCGCUCCCCCGUGUAUAACCACUUCAGCGAGACGAUCACGGGCGCUAGCGUCAUACGGGCCUAUAAGGCGUCCGAACGUUUUAUAGAGGAAUCUCAGAAACGUGUAGACAAGAACGCCGCCUUCUACCAUGGUGCUAAUGUGUCGGCGAGGUGGAUAGGGAUCGUCGUGGAGACUUUAAGUAAUGUGCUCGUGUUUAUUGCCGCCUUGUUUUCCAUCAAUUCACCAAACCUAAACAGCGGAGAUGUCGGUCUCUCCCUCACUUACGCUUUACAGAUAAAUGUCGCACUUGCACUAGUGGUAUUUUCAGUGAGUGAAAUGCAAAUGAACAUCGUAUCUGUGGAACGCGUUGUGGAUUAUACUGAUCUGCAAGCAGAGGCUGAAUGGAUCAGAGAUGACUUUCGCCCUCCUCCAAUGUGGCCCCAGACAGGAACUGUCAAGUUUGAGGGCUACACUACAAGGUAUCGUCCAGGCCUGGACCUCGUGCUGAGGGGCAUAGAUUGUGAGAUACAGAGCGGAGAAAAGAUAGGAAUAGUCGGUAGAACAGGAGCGGGGAAAUCCUCCCUGGCUGUGGCCUUGUUCCGUCUUAUUGAAUCAGCAUCUGGAACUAUUACUAUAGACGGAAUACGAACACGUGACCUUGGUCUCCAUGAUCUCAGGUCAAACAUCACCAUUCUACCACAGGAUCCGGUGCUAUUCUCGGGACCUCUGAAGGCCAAUGUUGAUCCGCUGGAGAGAUUUUCGGAUCACGAGAUAUGGAAAGCCUUAGAUUCCGCCCACAUGAAAUCAUUCGUCCGGAAUCAGCGGGACCAACUACUUUACGAAUGUGGUGAAGGAGGGAUGAAUUUAAGUGUGGGCCAGAGACAGCUGGUGUGUCUCGGCCGAGCCUUGCUCCACAAGAACAAGAUCUUGAUCCUGGACGAGGCCACGGCCGCCGUGGAUAUGGAAACUGACGAACUGAUACAGCAGACGAUACAGACCGAGUUCAGUGAGUGCACUGUCCUCACCAUCGCCCACAGACUGAACACUAUCAUGGAAUACGACAGAGUGAUGGUUCUUGAUCAAGGUCUCAUCGCAGAAUUUGAAACGCCAAGGGCACUUAUUAAUGAUACAACAAGUGUAUUUUACGGAAUGGCGAAAGAUGCGGAAAUAACAGACUGGUUUGAAAACGACAAGUAUAAAAAGAAAAUGUGAACGAUGUCUUGACCUUAUUUAAUUAUUAAAUUUAUAUUUUGUGA